AUGCAGAUCUUUGUGAAGACCCUUACGGGCAAGACCAUCACUCUUGAGGUCAAGCCCAGUGACACCAAUGAGGAUGUCAAAGCCAAAAUUCAAGACAAGGAGGACUACGACAUCUGGAAACAGUCCACCCUGCACCUGAUGCUGCGCCUGCGAGGUGGCAUUAUCGAGCCUUCCCUCGGCCAGCUCUUCCAGAAACGCAACUUUGACAAGAUGAUCUGCCGCAAGUGCUAUGCUUGCCUGCACCCCUGUGCUGUCAACUGCUGCAAGAAGUGUGACCACACCAACAACCUGCACCCCAAGAAGAAGGUCAAGGCUCUUCCUUCCUCGAAGGGCAGCCUCCCUGGAGCCUCAAUAAAGUGUCUCUUUCGUUGA